AUGGCCUCACGACCGAAACGUCAAACCCUGCUUUUUCCUUUUAAACUUGGCUCACCUUCUCAAUAUGACAAAAAUUUAUUCCCCCUCAGUCGAGUGCCACAGGGCAAAAUCUCCCUCAAUGAAGUAGACUUUGUCCUCGAGGCCACGCUAGAUGAGCUCGUCAAGAUACGCAAAAUGGUAGGGGAUGCGGAAAAAUCUCAACGGCUCAUUCGUAAUGCGAAGGCACAGUACGAUGAGCUGAUGAGGGAGAAAGAAAAAUUGGACACACAGCCCAAAUCCUUGAACCCUAUGAAAAUAUUCUCUACAUAUCGUUCAAUUCGGUUGCUUUUUGAAGCAGGGAGAGUUUUAUACACGGAAGCAAGGAGUGCAUCCGAGAAGAUGAGGAGGCAGUUACUCUCUGUCAACACAGAGGAUGUACAGCCAGUGGAUUUCCAUAUAGACAAUGAUCUACCAUCUGACGCCACCAUUGGGGGGAUCGCUGUUUCUCUGCCAGACUCCGAUUCUCAACUAGACGAAUCCACGGCUUCAUUCUUCACCGAAGCGGCAAGCUUCAUUGCCUCCCAAAUGAACAUCAAGUGGAAGAUUGUAGGAACAACAUCAUAUCUGCUAGCUGUCUGCAUACUCACGUAG